AUGUUUAGAAAAAUGAAAUCACGACGCGAACGAUCGGACGAUAAUAACAACCCAUAUUUCCAGCAACCAACUUUCAAACCCCUCCGAAUUGUUGCUUCGGGAACACUCUUUCAGACACAUACACUGCAUGUACCAUGCCAUCCCGCACCCUCUUCCGUGGUGCGGGCCCAUUCGGUCCAGAAGACGCGAGGGGGAUCGGCGAACAUGCUUUUAUCGCUUCUGGCUCAAUUCCCUGGAGUGGAAGCCGUGCUUGUCGCGCCUCUGGGCGGAAACGAAGAUGGGCGCAUGGUUCUGAAGGAUCUGGAAAAUGAGGGUGUUGUCACGAAGUACUGCAAAAUCUGGCGGGAUGCGGGUGUUCCUAGUGCUUGGGUGCUUCAUUCAGCCGAGAAUAAUACACGAACUGUCGUGAACCAUAAUCCAUUACCAGAUAUCACACAUGAAGACUUCAUAUCUUUACUGGGGCCUUUGCUCGCACCUGAGAAUUACCCGCAGACGACACCUAACAUCAGCCCAACGAUACCUAAUUACUCUUCGGCCUCCCUUGCCACAACUAACCCUACACCCAGGCCAUCUCAAUCGGGCCCUCGUGUCCCGGUAAACCCUGUAUUUCAUAAUCCAAACAGCCCGGCCCCUUUCGAUUGGUUACACUUUGAAGGAAGGUCAGUGAAGACGACGCUGAAUAAUAUCACUGGUCUGGAUGGGCUGGCGCGGGAGAGGAAGUGGAGAAGUCACUGUGUAUUCAGUAUAGACGUCGGAAGGAAAGGAAAACAGGGCGUGGAAGCUCUUAUCCCCCACGCCGACGUGUUGUUUUUCAAUAAACACUACGCACAGGCAAACUCACCGCAUUAUGAAACUACGCCGCGUGCAUUUCUGUUAUCGCUUGCGUCUAGCGCUCCUCCGCAUGCGUUGCUUAUCGCUCACUGGGGCCAAGAAGGCGGCGCAGUGCUGUCUCUCCCCACGAAGGAGUAUUUCCAGAGCUCGGGCUGGGUCGAGGACAAGCCGCCUCCCGUGCAAAUCAAGAACACAGAUGUCGACCACCUACGGACUCCAUUCCCGCAGCGUAACUCUGAGCUUCGAUCUGUGCGAAGUGGGAGUGACUUUUGGGCCGAUGGAAGGAGUAGGACUCCAUCAUCGAGAGGCUACACGAGAGAAAGCAACUAUUUCUCGGACACAGAUAUCAGCGAGCCUCAUAUGUACCACCAACACCAGAUAAGGUCGCACACGCGCCAAGGACAGGGUACAAAUGAAAGUAGCCAGUUCACUACGACCCAUGAAGAAGAUGACAAUGAUUCGCAGGGAACUGAGAGACCUGGCCGUGAUCAUGAUGCAGAUGAUGGGGUGGUGGACGAAGUUGGUGCUCAAGACGCUUUCAUCUCAGGGAUGAUUUACGCCCUGAGCCGGAGGAUAUGUCCCGGGUUCCCUUAUACCCCUGCAUGGAGUGGAGAAGAUGACUUUAGUUCGGCGGGUGAAGAUGGUCGAGGGAGAUGGAAGCUUGAUGAAUGCUUAAGGUUUGCAACCGAACUUUCGGGAAGAAAAGCUCGACGGCGAGGGUGGGAAGGGUUAGCUCAGGAAAUGAUACAGGCAGGAUGGUUUGAGACUGUAUGA